CUCAGCAGUUGUUUCUCCCCAGUUGUACAUUUUGUUGCAGCACCAAAGAACCCGGAAAUAUCGGAGCCCAUCCACCUCUGGCUACCCUAGCUGCUGGAGAGCCAUUUCGGUUUUCAUCCGGUUGCUGGGAUGAUCUUGGGCAGCAUGAAGAAUUGAUGGCUCAGAGACCAGCCAUGGGUUUGAGAAAGCAAAAGAUCUCCGUGGCGGCAGGACUGUGAGCGGCAUCUGCAGAAAGAGGCAGGGGCUGGGAGUUCUGUCGUCAAAAGCUCUUGCCCUAGUCCCAAUGAGCCCACAGAGCCCUUGGGGGACAGAAGCAACUGAGGGGCCUUGAACGUUGAGAGCCUGUGAGGGCAGCGCCCAAGCAUUUCCACUACACACAUGUCGCUCGCCAUGAAAGCUCGGCAGAGGGUGAAGCGGAAGGGACCAGCCAAGGAUCGGGUCUUUGGGUGUGACCUAGUGGAGCAUCUCCAGUUAUCUGGUCGAGAUGUUCCUCAGGUUCUGAAGUGCUGCACAGAGUUUGUGGAACAGCACGGAAUAGUGGAUGGAAUCUAUCGGCUGUCAGGGAUCUCGUCGAACAUCCAGAAGCUAAGGCUUGAGUUUGACAGUGACCGCGGCUCCCCUGACCUCAACAAAGAUGUAUACCUUCAGGACAUCCACUGUGUGAGCUCCCUCUGCAAGGCCUACUUCAGGGAGCUGCCCAACCCUCUCCUCACAUAUCAGCUGUAUGAUAAGUUUGCUGAUGCUGUGGCUAUCCAGCUGGAAGAGGGCCGGCUGGAAAAGAUCAAGGAGGUGCUGAAGGAACUCCCAGCACCUCACUACAGGACCUUGGAGUUCCUGAUGAAACAUCUGGUUCACAUGGCAUCUUACAGCCCCCAGACUAGCAUGCACGUACGGAACCUGGCUAUCGUCUGGGCGCCCAACCUGCUCAGGUCCAAGGACAUUGAGGCGUCUGGCUUCAACGGCACAGCGGCCUUCAUGGAGGUCCGGAUCCAGUCCAUCGUAGUGGAGUUUAUCCUCGCCCACGUGGACCAGAUUUUUGGGGAUGCCCCUCUCUGUGCUGGAAGCCGUGAAUCUCUCAGGAAGUCCCUCCUCCUCCUGGGCUCACCGGUUACCUUUGCUGAUGAUAAAUACUCAUUUUCUUGCAACGUCCCAGCUGUGCUGAACCAGGGGGAUGGCCCACCACAGAUGCGCCCGUACCACACCAUAAUCGAGCUCACCGACAGCAAAAGAAAAGGCUCCCUUAAGGCAAAGAAAUGGAAGUCGAUCUUCAACCUUGGCCGAUCCAGUAAUGACUCCAAGCGCAAGUUGAACAAGCCAGAAGACAAAGAUGACAAGGUGGGUAAGAUGCGACUGCGGCCGGCCAAAAGCAUGGAUUCCCUCAGCUCCGUGCCAUGUCCUAGUGAUGAUGAUGUUCAGCUGGGGAGGAAAAAGAAGCAACUGACUCUGUGCCGCGACAGUUUUGACGGCCCAGCUUCUUUAGAUAAUAGUUUUCUGGAGUCGGAUGAGUAUCCAGAUAAGACGAAAACUGAAGAAACGCAAGGCGAGUCCGAGGGCGAAGCCACAGCCAAGUCGGAGCCCACUACCCCAAAGCCCAGCAGGUCCAGUCUUGUUGGGGUGGCCCCUCAAGGGCGAUCUCCCAAAGCCAUGCCAAGCCGGGCAGAGAAGUGCGUCGGCGUCCACAUCUCUGGGCCUUUCUCCGUCACGGUCCCUUUCCAUAUCACUUCCAACCUGACUUUAUCCCGGCUGACCCGGGGGCUGGAGUGUCCUGCCCUGAACCACUGUACCUUGGAGAAAGAUGCUGCUGAGGCCUCUGGGGCCAAAGAGGAAGAGCCUUCUAAGCAGGAAGAAACUGAGCAGAGGCUGAUGCCCACACUCGCCACCAGCGGGGAAGACCCUGGGGCAGAUGCAAAGGCAGAGAGCCUGCCGGACUCUGAAGAGAACCGGAUGUCUAUGGAGGUCCAGGACUCCUUCUCAUUCCUAGACAGCCAAGAGGCUUGGCUGGGUGACAGCCUGGAUGCAGAUCAGCCCUGGAAAAGCUCCAUCACAGCUCCUGAUUUUGCAAGCAAUGGCAUGGACAGUUUCCCAGUCAUGGAAGAUGAUGUGGGGAGUGGGUUCAUGAACGAGAUGAUAGUAGGCGGGAUGCAGCUGGAGAUGUUUUCAGCUGCCCCACCGAUGGAUUACCUGUCUAUUGAGGAGUGUAUGAAUGAGCACUCAGAAGAGGAAGAUGACCAAUACUAUCUGGCCAUGGGAUAUGUGGAUGAUGAAGAGCUAUCUAAGGAGGUUGACUCUGAAGAGGUCUACCUGAGUGCUUUCGAUGACCUCAGUCCCUUAGCUCAUGAAGUAGAGCGUUUCCAGCAAUCAGAUGGAGAUAGGGCUCCAGAUGAGGCCCCUCCUCUGGGGAACAUGCUGGAAGACCAACCCUUCAGUCUGUCUGGAGGGAUCUCAUCUGAAGACCCAACUGGCUCCCAUCUCUUUGAAGAUGGUACGGUGCCAUUCCUAGGUGGCCCUCAAGUUCAUGCCCUGGGAUUAGACAAUUGCCAUCUAGAUUCAGAUUUAGCCAAUCUGUCUGAGGAAGAGUCAGGGGACUUCCCAAAUUCUAGAAGCAAUUUCAAUGAGCUGGAAACACUUGUGACAGAUGAAGCUGAGGACGCCAAGGCAAAUCCCCGCCUGCCAGUGUUGCAGAUAGAGGGUCCAAACGCUGGAGGUGGAGAUGACCUGCUUCUAGAAACGGGGUGCUUGGUGGAAGCCAAAUGCCCUGAUGGAGUUCCAGAAACUUCCCCACAAAUAUCUUUAGUUCAAGAGAAUCAAAACCAUACAACCCAACCAAACCUUGAAAAUGAGUGGGAACUGCACACCCAGAAUGCAUUAGACGUAGAGGCAGUUGAAUGGCCUCCUUGUACCCCCGGUGUAAAGGCUGCUGGAUCUACCCAACAGGUAGCUGGAAUGUCUGACAAACAUGCCGACUGCAAGUGCCUGUUUCAAGAGGCAGAGCAGCUACAGAGUGGAGAGACUGCCCUUCAUCCUCAGACAGUAGGAGCUCCUUCAUCCCUGGAAGAUCCCACCUUGCUUAGGGCUCGCCUUUCUUCUUUGCUGGACAAUUGUUCUGAAAAUGCUUCUUCCAACAGGUCCCCAGUGCCUGCCCCAAUGCCUGUAUCGAGUCCUGAGCAUGAUGCUUCAUCUGAGAGAGCCCCUUCAGACAUCCCCUUGCCCAGCAGUUGCAAUGAUGCCUCGUCGUUCACGGCCUCUUCUCUGGGCUGCCCAGAACGUCUUCCGCAGACACCUCCGCAUGCAGUGCCGGUGAAAGCUUUAGAUGCCCUCGGUGAUGGAAGCGUUCACAUGAAAUUGACCUCAAGUACCAUCAGAGUGCAGCAGGUGAAAUCUUUCCCAGUUGUGCCUCCGAAACCCCAGUUUGCCAAGAUCCCUCCUUCCUUAAUCCCAAGAACUCCGAUCAAGGAAGUUUCUACCGUGUGGCCCAAUCCACCUGUCCCAGAUGAGAACUGUGGAAAUGGGACGAAGGAUGAGUCCAACAAAGCCUCUUUGCGCAGGCCCCUUCGCCCAGCGAGCCUGGACAUGUACUGCAACACCACAGAGAACGCUGAAAAUGUAGAAACACUCUUGGCUUCUUCCAAGCUGUCCCCCUCCCUAAAUAAUUGUAGUAAUUCAGGAACCUCCCAGAAGCAGCGGAAUUCCAUGCCUGUCUGUUUAGAGAAAUAUGACAGAGAUUACGAGAGUGGAGGAGAUUCAGUACCAAAACCACUGUGCUCCCCGCUGGAUAAACACAGCCUCUGGCCCAAGAGUGGUCUGCUCAGUGGAGAUGACCUCCAUAAUACGAAGUGCUCUCUGCCAGAGAGUUUGGAUAAAUGCAGCAGCAGCAACACCAGGAGUGAAGACGAGAAAGGUGAGCCCUCCCCAAAGCAACUGCCAGGGCCUGUUUUACUGGAGAAGUGUAUCAGUGAGGCUAGUGGGGCUGCCCCCCAGAAGCAGAGAUUGGCCAGCUGGCGCAAUGGGGGCAGCAGGUCAUUUGAUGAGGCUGUUGCUCUUGCCAAAGGGAGACAUGUGGGUCAGACCCCAAUGAGGAGGAUGCAAACCUAUUCUUAUGGAGACACAGAGAGGCUACACGACCCUCCCAGAACAGAGAAACCUCCCCCACACCCCAAACCUGCUCUGAAGCCUCUGGGACAGCGGCCCCUGAGACCUCUGGCCUGCACAGGCACAGCUGCAGUCCCAGACGCCCAUAUUUUGGGGAAGCCAUUCCUUGCUCAAGCAUUGCCUGACAUCACCCCGGAAGGUCAACCCUCUCCGAACCAGGAAGCUCUGUCGCUCACUCAAGAUCUCCCACCAAGGAGCAGGCUGAGCUUGCAAACGACAGGACGACGCUCAUCCAGCUCAGAAGAGGCACUUUUUGCACUGCCACAGGAGCAGAGGUGACUGGCUUUGGCAAUCGCUUUCCAGAACUGGUCUUCAACUGUGCUGUGUCGCGUUCUGACCCCAGACUUUUGCACUGAUGCAGCACCUCCCCACCCCCAAAUUAGGGUGCAAGAACAUAAGAAGAGUUUUGCUGGACCAAACCAACCUUAGCAAGGAACUUGCUUUCUACAGCAGGCACCCAGAUGCCCAGCAACAGGGCCUGAAAGCAACAGGGUUAGCUGCAGGAGCCACACCCACGUAUGACACAGCCACGGGAAUGGUGUGGAUGCUACCAACUGGGACCGCUACUCAAAUUGAGGCCUACGUGGUGGAAAGCCACAUGGCGCAAUGCAAAAUAAACAACAUAUUUGAGUGGGGAGACUUAAAUCAAGGCAACUAAAAUUACUAAACAAGAAAAAAAGAGAGCAAUUUAAAUCAAGCUUACCCUUUUGAAAUGUGUGUAUUUUCUGUCCAACCAUGCAUGGGAUUAGCGAUGAAAACAUAUUUGUUGAUGCAACUAAGUAGAACCUACACCCCACAUGGCUUUUUGCACUGAAGCGCUGUAUCUGCAUAGAGGCAAGAGACAGAUUUCUGUCUAGCAGUGUCUUUUACCAUGCAAGGAUACUAGGUAGGGUUGCCAGGUCCAUGGCCUGAGCCUGAGCCUGUAUCUUUAGAAGAGAAAGUCAGCUAAGUGC